AUAUAUGGAUGAAAUACAGUCUUCAGUCCAACUAUAUAUAUGCUUCUGAUCGCCUUAUUUUGUAUGUUCUCGUGAGACCGCUGCUCUUUUCCAAAUCCCGUCAUGUUGCUCUGGGUGACGGCGCUCAGCUUCUUCCUCUGCUCAGCCCACAGCUUCAGUGUCAAGGCCUCGCUUGACAGGAAUGAAGAAUCCUCUGGAAACACCAUAGAGGAUGAUGACUUCAGUAUCUCUACAUUGUUAGAGAAGGCCAAUGCCAAUGUCGGAAAGAACUUGGACGACCCUCUGGUGAUGUUUGGAGACAUUGCAAUGCCUUCAGGUCUGCAGAACGCUGACCCCUGCACAGCACGAGGCUGCCUGUGGCCCAAAGCCUCCGAUGGCAAUGUGUAUGUGCCGUACCGCAUCUCUAACCAGUACUCCCAAAAUGAGAGAAACAGAAUCAUCCAAGGCCUGCGUUCAUUUGCCCAGUCUACCUGCAUCCGCUUCACCCCUUUGAACAGACAGAGGGACUUUGUGGACAUCCAGUCUCGCUCAGGCUGUUUCUCAUUUGUCGGGCGUAGAGGAAAUGGCCAGGUGGUGUCUCUGAGUCGUCAGGGCUGUGUUUUCCAGUCCAUCAUCCAACAUGAGCUGCUUCAUGCUCUGGGUUUCAAUCAUGAGCAGACUCGAUCGGACCGGGACCAGAACGUUCGCAUCCUGCUGCAGAAUGUCAUUCCUGGGCAGGAACACAACUUCAGAAGGAUCCGAACAAGGAAUCUUGGCACUCCCUACGACUACAACUCUGUCAUGCACUAUGGAAGGUUUGCCUUCUCAAGGAACAGGCAGCCGACCAUCAUCCCCAUCCCUAACCCCAACGUAGCCAUCGGGAGGGCGACCCAGAUGAGUCCUACUGACAUCCUCAGGGUGAACCGCCUUUAUGCCUGCAAUUCAACAUCCUCUAAACGUCACCUGAAACCCACGCAAACUGAUAUUUUUUUGAAGAAAUAAGAGAAAUGAAGUGAAAUGAGGCAGAUUCUUGCAGAUCUACACGCAAGUGCUUGGAGUGAAAAGCAGAACUUCAUUUAUUGCAGCUUUUGUGUUUUGACAAAAAUGAAUAAAAA